AAAGGAAAUGCGGAAGUAGAAGGAGUAGAAAGACCUAGAAGUGCUUUCACAGCUUUUCUUCUGAACCACCUCUAAACUUCAGAUGGUGAUUCUAUCUGCUCUCAACUCAGCAAGCUGCAUUAAAACCAAAAAUCAAACCAAAACACAAGCCUUUGUCAAAUACACGUGGGAAAAUCAUGAUUUUUCCAUAGUAGUAAAAUAGACACGAUCUAGAAGUUUCCUUCUCUCUCUCUCUCUCUCUCUUUCUUUUCAGUUAGCAAAAGGAGGAAAUUUCCUUAUGGAGACAGAAGUCACCCAGACAGGGUUGGCUCCGGUGAGAGUUUGGAAAUGUACUAGCAAGAAAAAGCAUCCAGAGAGCUGCCCAUCAACUUCCCAGAGGAAAAAGAAAACGGGAAGCCAAGCAAGACGGGCCCCGAAGCAGCAGCAGCAGCAGCAGCAGCAGCAGCAGCAGCGGCAGAAUGGUGUAAAGGCCCAUGACACAAGAGGACCUAUUUACGAACAGGUGUUAGAGAAGCCGGCGACUCAGGAGCGGAGUCAAGGCCUCAAGUUGAAGGAGAGCAGCUUGCAUUACGCAGACAUUCAAGUGUGCAGCUCUACCCAGCCGCGCUCUGCUCAGGAGGUCAAACACCUGCAGUCAGAAAAUGCUACUCAGUACGCCACCCUCCGCUUCCCCCAGGCCACACCGCGCUAUGACAGCAAGAACGGGACCCUAGUGUGAGCGCUGGGGAGGUCGGACCUGUUUCCAUCCCUUCACCCCUGGGGAGAAUCUGCCCUGGGGAAGGGGCUGGCAGCCCAGCGAUGGCUGCGGCGUUUUCAAGAACCAGAGCCCUUGCGAGUGCCCCCAGUCUUGCCCCCCCUUCCCUAGGCCUAUUGUCUUCUUUGCCACCAUUAGCUUGGAGUUGUAUUGGGGCUAGCCAGGGGUGGAUGGAGUUCCACAAAAUGACCGGGGCUAGGAUGAGCUGCCGGAAGUCUGUUGGCCCCUACCUUGGUUCCUGCUUUCAAGAAAAGUGCUGAUUAGGACAGGUUGCCCCAGCACUUGAGCUGGUUUUGUUGGGAUUAACUUAGGGGCGUCUCUUCUACACACCUUAAAGGCCCAAGCUGAAGAAGGAGAGGUGCUCCGGGAAAGCAUUCCGAUUCUUGUGCACAGCCCCCAGAGCUGGCUUGGGCAGUUCCUUCGGUGGUUGGGGUCAAGGGUGCCAGAAGCCAGACAGACAAACGAGGCCAGGGGCUGAGGCUGACCAUGGGUUACCAGUACUUCAAGUCCCUGACAGCACUGCACCGCCGGGAAACUCCCCUUGGCUGGACUGUGGGCUCUCGCAGGUGCGGAGCCGCUAGGAUCAAUAAAUCGCAGAAGGAACGUG